CCCCGUCUCUCUCUCUUUUUUUUAUUUUUUUCUACUGCUCCAUCCUUAAAACUGCAGCCGGUCCUCCUCUGAACUCCCAGAAAAGCCUUCGUAGGAGUAGCUGGAGGCAGAGCUGAGCUGAGAUCCAUCAUGAGGCUGGGAACUGUGGUUUGCUUUUGCAUCUUCGUGGUGCUGUCGGACUGCGCGCCUCCGACCUGCUACUCCAGAGCGCUGAGCCUGAGCAAAGAGAUCAUGACGCUGCUGGAUAAAAUACACACUUACCAUCGCACGAAAACGUGCGCUGAGGUUCUGCCUACGAUCUUCCUGGAUGUGCAUAACUCCUGCGUCACCACCAAGCUGCGUGACUUUCUGUACGUGGUGUUAAACCAUCCCAACCAGUACUGCAGGGAGCGACCCAGAAUGGUGCUGCUGAAACGUAAAAUCCAGAACCUCUACACCAUCAUCACCAAACUGUGUUAUCGGGACUUGGUGUUUUUCACGGAUGACUGCGAGGCUAUUGACACCGGCCACAGCAGGCCUCACUAUGCCGAGGACAGGCUUCAGCUGCUGCAGGAGGAGAGAUGAGCGGCACGCAAACAAGACGACAGAUACACACUAUUUAAAGAAAGCACCCCAUAGUAGCUGUAUGUAGAAUGGUAAAGCGUGUACAAUAACAUGGAUGUUGGCUUUGCUGUUACCCUAGUUGGCCGUACAUGUUGGUGGACAUGUGUGGUUACAUUCCAGCAAAGAGGGCAGAACUUUCCACAGGAAAUUUGCUGAAUGCCAACCAUACCGACGAAAACCUCGAAAUAAUAAACCAAUAAGAGAUGCUUGUGAGCCGGGCUUAGCCUCUGCUUACUUACCAGAGCUGAUCAAAGCUUCGUGUGUCGUUAAGAGAAAUAUGUUGUGUUGCUUUAACCUUUAGUGCCACUAACACACCUUAAAGGAGCACUAUGCUGCAUUUUGUAAACACCUGAGCACUUUAACAUGGUGGUUAAAAGGGUUACGUAAGAAAUAGAUGUCUCAGCUUUGGUUUCUCACAUGUACAGUGUGUUCCUUGUGGAUUUUCUUGUGUAGACAGUUUUACACCAAAAGAGUUAUGACAGUGCUGCUGCUGCUGCUGCUGCUUCGACUGAAGCUGAAUGAAAUUAGUGUUUUACGGGCUGAAGCAGAAUGAAAAUGAAAGAAUAGAUCCAUCUCUGUCAUACACACAGUAGAAGCUUGUUCUCUUUCAUUUACACCUAUUAUGAAGAUACAGUAUCUCUUUUAUGUAAUAAACCUCAUGCUUACGUACCAGU